AUGGUGAUAAUGCUGAUCCUGAUCCUGCUGCCCGCAGCCUUUCUCCUGCCCCCCGGGGCUGGGGCUGGUGAGAUCAUCGGGGGAAGGAAAGUGAAGCCCCACUCCAGACCCUACAUGGCCUAUCUGAGUAUACGACGUGAAGGCAGGAAUGUUCACUGCGGAGGGUUCCUCGUGGCAAAGAACUUUGUGCUGACGGCCGCUCACUGCAAUGGAGACAAGAUCACUGUGUACCUGGGAGCCCAUAACAUUAAACAACAGGAACAGAGCCAACAGAAAAUCUCCGUGUGCCACCGGAUCCCCCAUCCGCAAUACAACAGAAAGACCCAUAACAAUGACAUCAUGCUGCUGCAGCUGGGGCGCAAGGCAAAGCUCAAUAAACAGGUGAGGCUCAUCCGUCUCCCCCGGGCUCAUCGGCGAGUGCGACCAGGGACCGUGUGCAGUGUCGCUGGCUGGGGCCGCACCAGCGCAUUCAGGAAGAGGCGCCCCAGUGUGCUCCGGGAGGUGGAUUUGAAGGUGCUGGACGAUGAGACCUGUCUGAACUAUCCUGGUGGGAAAUAUCGUAAAUAUAACUCCUGCACGAUGAUGUGUGUGGGGGACCCAAAGGAGCAGAAAUCCUCUUUCAAGGGUGACUCUGGGGGCCCCCUGGUGUGUGGGAAAACAGCUCAGGGCGUCGUCUCUUGGGGGCCUGUCAAUGGAAGCCCCCCAAGGGUCUAUGUGAGAGUCUCCACCUUCAUUCCCUGGAUACGGAGGACGAUGAGGAGGCUGCAGCCCUGA